GAUGAUUGAUUCAGUUCAAAUACGCCGCCAAGGGCCUAUGGACUUUAAGUCCCAUUAUGAAUAUAUGUGUGUACUACAAGAUUCCGUCCCAUUGCAAGCUGUUAAGGCGAAUCUACGACGGGAUGCCCUUAGCUUCAAUGCAGAUCGGAUCAGGUUAUCUGACUGGCCACCCAUUCUGAAUACCUUGAAAAUUAAUAAAAGCUUGAUAAGUGUAUCUAUAAAAAGCUGUCAUCAACCAGGACUCGGUGAAUCAGAUUCAGAAAAAUAUGGGAUCCACUUUCAAAGGCGUAUUCCACCUAUUCGAUCAAAGGACAUGACUUACCAGCUAUGCCGAGCCCUUGCAGCAUGUUUGCGUGUGUCAAGCUCUUUGAAAGAGUUGGAUCUCCAUGGAUUGCCAUUAAGGGAAAGAGAUUUACGAACAUUGGCUAAGGGCUUGGCUGCCUCAAAAUCUUUGGAAAGCGUGUCAUUACCAUACUGUUCAUGUGGAGAUGAAGGACUUGAAAUUAUCUGUCAAAGUGUGAAAAAUUCACCAGCAAUCAAAAUGAUAAAUUUUACUGGAUGCAAUCUGACAUGGCGAGGAGCUGAAUAUAUUGCUAUUAUUAUCAAGCACCAGGCAACAAGGAGGCACAGUGAGGCCUGGGCAGAGAGCCUGAGAUACAGAAGACCUGACCUUGACUGUAUGAAUGGAUUGAGGCGAAUCUCUCUCAACUGCAAUACCCUUGUUGGUGACCAGGGAGCAAAGGCAUUAGCAGAAGUACUUGGAGAGGAUCUUUGGUUAAAAGCACUGGAUUUGCGACAAUGUGGAAUAACCAAUGAAGGGGCAAAGGCUUUCCUCCAUGCCUUGCAAACUAAUACUACCCUUAUGGUUUUGGAUGUAAGAAAAAACCCACUGAUAGAUCAUGAACUGCUGAAGACUGUCAUUGAAAGAGUACUACUGCAUUCACAUGACACAAAUUCUGAGUACAAAUGGUUUACUUCUCCAUCUUCAAAAGAAGGACCAAAAAUUAGAAGACCCUCCAGUCUGCGCAAUGGACUAAAAGGGAAAAACACAAUACGUAUUG